AUGCUGAACCCUUGUCAUCUCCCCCAAAAUUGGCCUCCAGACUUAACGCAUCAAAGCCAUGCGACCCGGAUCGGGAUCCGCCUACUCCACUCAACCGAGUCAAGGCGGCCCGUCGACGCGCACCUCUCGCCGCCGGCAGAACCUCACCCUCCCCCUUCCUCAGCGCGAGCCCUCCUCUCUCGCCGUCCCGCUCCCCCUUCCCCCACCCUCCGCUUCCUCGCCCGUCCCUGCCCUCGCUGACUUAGAUCGCAUCCGCCGCGUCGGCAGCGGCGCAGGCGGUACCGUCUGGCUCACCCGCCACCGCAACACCGGACGCCUCUACGCCCUGAAGAUCAUCCACGGACACCACGACGACGAUGUCCGCUGCCAGAUGCGCCGAGAGAUCGAGAUCCUCCGUGACGCCGACAGUCCCUCCGUGGUCCGCUGCCACGGCUUCUACGACCGCGGCGGCGAGAUCCAGAUUCUUCUCGAAUAUAUGGACGGUGGCUCCCUCGAAGGCCGCGUCUUCUCCUCCGAGGCCCAGCUAGCUGGCAUCGCGCGGCAGGUUCUUUCGGGGCUAGCAUACCUCCACCGCCGCCGGAUCGUGCACCGUGACAUCAAGCCGUCGAACCUUCUCGUCAACUCCCGCGGGGAGGUCAAGAUCGCCGACUUCGGGGUGGGCCGAAUCCUGGCGCAGACGAUGGAUCCCUGCAACUCUGCCGUGGGGACGAUCGCCUACAUGAGCCCCGAGCGGAUCAACACCGACCUGAACGAGGGCGCCUACGACGGCCGCGCCGGUGACAUCUGGAGCUUCGGGGUGAGCAUUCUCGAGUUCUCUCUAGGUCGGUUUCCCUUUGGGGAACGCCUAGGGAGGCAGGGCGACUGGGCCAGUUUAAUGAUGGCAAUCUGCUACGCGGCGCUGCCGGAGGCACCAUCUAUAGCAUCGCCGGAGUUCCGUAACUUCGUCAAUUCGUGCUUACAGAGGGAACCUGUGAAGCGACCCACAGCAGAGCAGCUCCUCCGCCACCCUUUCCUCGCUCAGACGUCUCCCCUGCCCGACCUCUCUUCUCUAAGAAUUUGAAGGUGAGUAGUUUCUUCCAGAAUUGUGCUUCUUGAUAAAUAAAAGGGGAUAUGUUACUUUGUUACCCAGCAUCAAAUAAAUAGUUAGAACUUCAAUGCAAAAGAUCGUUUAAGAUUCUUUAAGUAAUUAUUAUUCUUCUGUUUAGUACUUAAACAAAAUCUUUAACUUCUUGUAAAAAUAAGAUUUUAUUUUAUUUUUAUACAGAAGGUAAUUGUUUGUCUCCUUUUUCACUUUUUAUUUUCUUUGAUGC